UUCGCCCCUCUUCCCCUAUAUAUCCAUCGUUCUUGCUUACUCGCUCGCAGCGGAAGCAGUUUCGUCGAUCAUGGCUUUGAUGAACUCAUUGGCCUUCUCCUUCGUAUUUCUCUCCCUCCUCUUUACGGCGUCUUAUGCUUACAGAGGACCACUUGUGGGAGGGAAGACGGAUAUCCCGGACGUCAAGUCCAACAGGGAGGUGCAGGAGCUAGGGAGGUUUUCGGUGGACGAGUACAACCGGAGUCUGAGACUGAGGCGGAAUCCGGCGGACCAGCUACUGGAGUUCAGGCUAGUGGUGGAGGCACAGAGUCAAGUGGUGGCGGGGAUAAAGUACUACCUCAAGAUCUUGGCGUUGCAGAACGGAAGAGAGAGAGUGUUCAACUCCGAGGUGGUGGUCAAGCCUUGGCUUCGAUCCAAGCAUCUCCUUCACUUUGCUCCUUCUCGUUCCGGCGCAAAUCCGAACUAA